AUGCCACUUAAGCUAAACUUCAAACGAACACAUAGGUAUAAUGUAUCAGCAAAGGACCUCUUUGUCAUUCCCAUAUACACAUUGGAUGCAUCUUGUGUAGAAUAUACAGUUUCUCCUACAACAACAGGACGCGAUGCUCUUGAAUAUGUUGCUCAAAGACUGGAUAUUGAAGAUACCUGCUUCUUUGGAUUUCGGUAUGAGGCGUGGACUGAUGACCAAAGGUGGCUUUUUCUCAACAAGCCUAUAAAGAAGCAGCUAGAUAAAUACGCACGGCAACAUGCGCUAGUUUUAAACAUUAUGUUAUUUAUUGAUAAUCCGCAAUACCUUCCCGACUCGAACCUCCGACGUCAAUUUUACCUACAAUUAAGACAAGAUGUUCUUACCAAGCAGCUUAAAAUCGCUUCUAAGCAGGCCAUCAAGCUUAUGGCUUACAGUCUUCAAGCUGAAUAUGGUGAUUUUGUUGAUUUUGAAACAACAGCUCACAUGUGGCGCGAAAGGCCGAUGGUCCCAGCUUCUGUAGUGGGAGGUAGUGUCGAGCUGGGUGGUCUUGAGCAUAUCGACGAUAUUAUUUGGGGCUACUGCCAACUACGUGGCGUCACUCAGGACAACGCUAUCUGGUACUAUCUCGAUGAAAUCCGACGACUCUCCAACUAUGGUGUCCAACUCUUCUUUGGCUCGACAGUCGCCGGCGAAGCAGCUCAACUUGGCGUUUCUCGCAACGGUCUGGCGAUCUCAACAAUAUGCCCCAUCAAUUCUUCAGUUUCAAAGCACAAAUGGGAGGAUAUAAAAGACUUGGCCUACUCAAGGAAGACGUUUACCAUCCAACUUCUAAAAAAGGCAAAACCAAUUCACUUUGUAUUUGAAGAUACACAGGACGCGCGAUAUCUCUGGAAUUUCUGCAUUCAGAUGCAUAGCAGUUACAUUCACUACUGGACACACGUUAAAACCGGUCCAACGGCCCACGUGUCGGAGCCACCCCACCUUGUGACUUUGGAGGCGCAUCAUCGCGUACCUUUUCCAGCAAAGGCGGGUCAGAAACAUCAGGUGUGGUGGUCAACAACUCCAAUUCAACAACGACAGUUGGAAGUGUGGCCUCAAUGCACGCAACAAUUGGACAGCUCCUCGCUGCCUGUCUGUGGCUCUGCGGAGGUCGAACACGACGCCUCAAAGACCCACGAACCGGUUGUGCUCUCGGUCGCGCUGACCUGCAAUGCUCAGCAGGAGGAUAGCGAGGGUGGCACUCUGGUGGACACAUUGGACUCCCAGAUGCUGGCUAAUAGAUGUGUCACUUGCCUCCCCGUUACCAACUGCCUCCGACGCGGUGCUGUACUAAAAUCCACUGAACUCUGCUCCUCCACGGGUCAGAUUCAACCGCUUCAAAUGCAGUCUACCGGUCCCACACCACCAAGGAAGAAGCAUCAUCACCACCACAGAAAGCACCGACUUCAACCAAUUCCACUUUCUGUGGGACAGAGCACCACAAGUGCACAGGAAGUCGCCGCUCGCUACAACAUGAGCCUGGCUGAAUCUUCAUCUGGCUCCUCCAGCGAGUCGGAAUUCGAGUCGGAUGUUUGUUCCACUAGCGCAGAGACCAGUUCUUCGAGCAACUCCUCGCGUAGGGGUGACGACGAUGUGGACGCGCAAGAUCAGCAGCACGGAUUUCGUCGGCUGCUCACCGGUUCUCAUGCGGGUGUUGGAGCGGCGGUCUCGCUGCGUCCAAUCCUUUCUAGUUUUAGCCAGCAUCACUAUCGCCUGCAGCAGAAAUGGCGCGAGGAGGCAGUUGUCCCUAGCGAUAACCGACGGAACUCACCAUCAAGGCAAUUUGGUAAUAAUGCUGGCGGCGGAGAGGGAAAGUCUGUUACAGGUGAGAGCCACGGUUGGCUUGCUUCGGCAAAACGUCUCACUAGCGCUCUGUCAGAAUCCCUUACCCGACGAGCCUUAUCCUCAAACCCUUCAACUGUCAGUAAACCACCGCCUUUGCCAAUACCUGAGCUACUUUCUCGAGGACCUAAAUCCGUUGGAAUCGCUCAGGUCAUUCGCCCAGAGCCUCCGUCCACAAACGCAAAUUCUGCUUCGGCGGAUAGCGGUGGAGGUUUUGAUGAGAGUCGCAGGAGACCUUCAAGACCGCCGCUUCCACCAGGCGGAAGCGGAGGAACACCAGCUCGACACACAGCAUUAGGUUUUAAUCCGAACGCCCCUCAGCGGGGGGCUUCAGCGGGUCCAACUACGUCGGGAUCUACGCCUUCAACUGUGGCAAAUUCAUCACCCUCCUACCCGCUGCAUCACUCACUUUACGAGGUUCCUGCUGAAGGGCGCUUACAGAUCCGUCUCCAGCCUCCAAGUCCUCCAAGCAGUCAGGAAGAAGCCUCCUGGCGUCUAGUUCAACAUCCCGGAAUUUGGAUCAACCAGUUGAACAAUCCUAACAAUCUUGUAGAUUCGCGGCAAAAGGCCCAGCAGCAGCAGCAGCAGCAACAACAACAACAGCAACCACAACAAGUCUACUUUGAGACUGAAAUGAUGCCUCCACCAACCAGCAGUGUUCAACAGGUGAUGACAUCAUCCUCAAUGACCUCUUCCUCUACGUCCACGUCCACUUCCUCAGCCGGUGUUGUCGCUGCGGUGGCGGCGGCAGCAGCAACCACGCAUUCAAACUCAUCCUCACCUUCUAGUCCUGCGUCGUCCAUUGUAGAGGAUGAGAUGAUGCUGAUAAUGAUGCAGGGUGAUAAGGAGGACGAUUCGUCCUCAACAAUGUCCUAUUCGGCGUGUGGCGGAAGUAGGGCAACAGGAAAGACAGCAGCUGUUGUCACCCCCAUACAGAAGCAGACUGCAACGCAACAACAUCGGCAGCGUUCGCUGUCAGGCAGUGGGGGACCGUUGCAUCUACUCACCAACUCCGACAUCCACCAGUUGCUGAACUUGACGAAGAUGAGGGAGACAGCUUUGGUGCAUCGCCUGCUGGCAGAGUACCGUCAGACUCUGCUAUUGCAACAGUCACUCCAUACGAAUAGCAUGAGCACACCCAACCUGGCGGCAAGUCAAGAGCUUCACACCACCACUGCUGCUGCCACUGGCUUUAACGAUUUCACCAAUGGCAGCUAUACUGCCACUGUGGCCACUGCAAAUGAUACAGCUCCGCAGGCCUUUGAAGAGGGAUGUCGUCUACAACGCACCAACGCCCAGAGACGCACCGAAUCGCAUGGACUUUCCAACUCCUCUCAUGAUAAUUACUAUGGUCACCGGGGCAGUAAAGGAUCAAGGUGUGCGCAUCACAACGUUCGUGGUCAUCAAAUUUCCGAGUCCUCGGAUUACGUCAAUGCCUGCGCCUUCCAGUGCCAUCACGGAUGCCUCUGCGGCGCCAACCACAUGCAAACAAGCGUUCACAGCACUACGGACAACGACUCCAACGCCACAUUUAGGGUUCUUUCUGAGGCUGACGGUGGACGGAAUCACUACCCGAACAGUCGCCACCAGCAUCAUAGUCGGAAUCACCAGCAUCACGAGCAGCAGGGCUAUCAUCGCCAUCAUCAUGAGGAUUCCUGCACCAAUAACAAUGACCUCUUGACCUCCUCCAACUGCUCCCAACAGGGCUGGAACGCGGUGGCGAAAUCAAACUCGUUUCACCAUCAGCCCAAGCGAUUUGGUGGUGGAAGAUCGCAACACACACACGAGAUGUGCAAGUCGGCUACUCCAGACAACUUUCGUCGUCAGAAUCAUUGUGGCAAUCCAGUAAAGGACGAUCUCUCCAACAUGAUUGCCGGCUUACCUCAACAGACUCUGGGGGGCGUGUUUGGGUCAGCAGAGCGCUGCAAUGGCAGCGAUUUCAAUAACAACAGUAACAACAAUAGUACCAACCUCUCCCAACAGUCAACCGGAUUUGCACGCAGCAAGACCUUCGCGCACACACCUCCCUCCCACACUGCCACGCGGGUCGCCUUUGUCCACGCAUUCGACAAAAGUGGUACUGGUAGUGGCAGUGGUGGAAGUGGUCAUCUCCAUGCCGGAGAAUACGAAAAUCUCGAGGCUAAUUCGCCGCUUCUCUGCUCAGUAAAUCGGAAAUCAGCCACGGAUAUCUCCGUCAAGUCUUCUAGCUCCGAUAUCUCAUUCGAGGAGUAUAGAUUUAAUCAGCGUCUGCAGCGUCGAAACCGCAUGCCGAAACUCGACAAUGCGGAGUGUGGAGGUCGGUACGACCACCAUCAGCACUGUCCGCAUCAAAGCCACCGAAACUGUCAUUUUGGACGUCCUCUGGUCGCCUCAUCAUCGAUUUCGAAAAGAUCCACUCUUCCGAGUAUUUCUUGCGACGGUAGUGGUGGACACAUUCAACUCUGUUGGGAGCACCUUCGUGCCUUGGAACAACUGGGAGCGCCCAAGGGAGUUCACAUUGACACACCUGUAAUCCAACGCAGGAAGCAGAAGAGGACAAGGAAACAGAAGGAGCCCUGUUGUAGUCAUUGCUCUGCUCAACCGGCACAUCGUUACGUGGAGAAGGCAAGAUCAUUUGAUCCAUAUCAACAGAAAUCUCCGUUGCGUCACAGAUGUUCGGCCAGUCCAGUUUUCAGUGUGGAGGCAGUAGAGUCGCAGUGUGAUUUGUGUCGACGGCAAAGAAGAUGGCGAGUUGAUUUUGGGCGACCUAGAUGUGGGUGCGGCGAUAUCAGAGGAUCAGGCGACAACAACGGUGCUUCAGAUGAGGCAGAGGAGGACGACGAUGAGGAGGGAUUUUCAUCCUCCCGGGCUGCCAGUGACUCCUCUCUGGCUUCCUCCGCUCUUCCAGGAGUCAGAGACACUACCUCUAUCAUGGUCUCUUCCUAUGAGUUCGAGUGUCAACAGCAACAGCAGCAACAAUCGUACAACGUUGCAUCGUCUUUUGAUAGUACCACUGGUGGCGCAACACCUCGUCGGUGCAAAAAUAAACCUCCCACUCCGAAGUUUGGAGAAGAUAGACGCGGUUCUUCCAGCUGGUUGCAAUCUCACUUCAAUUUCUACGAGGACAGAUGCAGUUCGUCGGUCAAAACUGGUAGAGCUACACAGAUGCCCACUUCUCGAAAGACGUCCAUCUCUCCACCGACAGCAGAGAGAGUGCCACAGAGACCAGAGCGACCUAAAACCCUUCUCUCCUCGUCAGCUUCAUUCCAGGUGGAGGACCGUCACCGACACCAGCCGGACACACCUUCGAUACGCUACACGAAUCGACCAAUCGGCAUUGCAAACAGCAGAGACGGCACUCCUAUGCGACGAACAGGUGAAGCCGGGACAUAUUCCAGAACUCCCACACCCGCCCGAUCUAUGGGACCGCAGCAGACCAGUGGUGCGACCCCCGACGAAGGCAGUGGUGGAGGAGGAUUGCUAUUCACUGCCUCCAUGACCUUUACACCCUCCGGCGUCUCCACAGUGUCUCCCGGGCCCCCAAAUUCCGCCGUUAUGGCGGGAACCGGUGGACCAGAGCGGGGUUUAAUCGGAAGAUCUAGUCAACACCAGCAGCAACAAAUGCUACAGCAACAACAGAAUGAUCUUCAGAGAUGUCUCGCUAAUAAAUCGCUCUUAUCUGUCUCGCAAAGAAAUAAAGAGGAGAGAUCAUAUCUCUUUCCAAAAAAAGCUCAAACACCAACAGAAAAACGGACUACCAACGCGAUGCCAUAG